AUGGAGACCAUCCACAAUCUCACAAACGCCGCCUCCAGGGCCAUCUGGGGCGACACUAGCGCCCAGGCCCAGGCCCAUGAAGAGCCUGUCUCGGGCAAGAUGGGCAAUGUGGCUGCCGGGGAGCCGUAUGACGCAGGCAACAUUGGUGAACCCAACGAAGCAGCGCUCUCGUCCGAGGAGCAAAGGGAAACCGAGACGCCGGUUAGCAGCGCCAACGAGCCAGCCACCGGGUCAGAAACCGGGGCGGAAACCACGGCUUUCCCCGAGGCAUUGACCGAACGCACCAAGCCAGCCGCGCAGGAGAGCAAGCCCACCAGCUCUGAAGACACCGCCCGAGAAAGCCAACCCCGCAAGCCGGCCGGCCCGGCCGAGGAGGCCCCCUCCGCCGUCGCGAUGCGCGACGAUUCGACCAAGGCCCAAAGCGACACGCGCCCGCCUGCGCCUUCUCCCGACGAAGCCGAGCCGCGCGCCGGAACCACAACCACCGCCACCAAGGACGCAGCCACCACCACCAGCACCACCUCCUCCUCCGCGACGGACACUACCGGCGCCGCUGGCACGACCGGCAGCACGGACGAAGCCAAAGCCGAGGCCGAACCCAAGGACGCCGCCGAGAAGAAGGUCGAUAAGAAGUCCGCCGUUGCCACCGCCACUGGCGACGACGACACGGCCAGCCCGGCCAUCAAGCUCGAGGGCCCCGGCCCGCGCCCGCUCGAGGAAAUCGCCCGCGAGCACGGCGGCGACGCCGGCGCCGCCAAGCCCGACUCGGUCGUCAGGUCGUCGCAGGGGCUUGCUGGUGCUGGUGCUGGUGCUAGUGCUGGUGCCGGUCCGGAGGGACGAGCCGUCCCCGACACUGCGGGGCAGAGGCGGAGGGAUAGCGGGAAGAGUAUGGGCGGCGAGGGCGAGGGCGAGGGCGAGAGUGGUCUGAAGGUGGGCGGGAAAGGCGAGCGUGCCGGCGAGCAACACUUCCAUUCGACUGGGCUCGCGGCGGAGGGUGGUGACUUUGACGCGUCCAAGCCGGGGGCCGGGAAGGAGGCUGAUCGUCUGCUGGAGGAAAUAGGGGUGCACAGGGGUGAAGGAGGUGGCCAUCAUAAUGCUGGUAGCAGCGGGAAGGAGAAGCUUGGCAUCAAGGACAAGAUCAAGGCCAAGCUGCACAAGAGCACCAUGUCGCCGUGA